CCAUUCUUCUUUGCAAAGUCCCCCACCAUCAUUUAAUUCUCUCCCUUUCCAGAGCUAGGCGUUUUGUGAGGAAACCCACCCAACCAUGGCACUCCCGUGAGAAGGACAUGAGAUAGAAGAACCCAAAUUGAAUCCACCUCAAUUUCUAAGGAAAAUGAUCCAAAACCACACUUGGCUUAUCCCUUGUACUCGCCGGACACUGCUUUACCUUGUUCUUUUCCCCUUUUCGGCUUAUUCAACUGCUUCUGAGAUUUGAUGCUCCGGUUCCGCUUCUGUAGACAGUGAAGAACCCGCAUGACCAUGGUUUGAUCUGAAAGGAGCCGUUUGAUGGAUGUCAAGCCGGUGCUUCAGAAAUCGUCGGAGGUGGAAGAUACUACCACAAGGCCCCCAUUGGUCCCCUCUGAGAAGAACAAUGCUGCGCCCCCGAGCCGAAAGCCACGACCCCGAGAAAUCGCCUCGAGGUACAAGUUGGGGAUCUCUUCAACUACUCCUGUUUCAACUCCUAGUACGCCUAGGAGAUGCACGUCUCCCAAUGCAGCCCGGACGUCCUCUGCAGCACCCACCGCACAGCUGCCUAAGAGAGCCCAGUCGGCGGAAAGGCGAAGACCCUCCACCCCUUCAUCCCGUCCAUCUACACCCUCAUCGGCUUCGUCACGGCCAUCCACGCCUUCUUCCCCAUCCUCGAGGUCCGCCACGCCGGUCCGUGAUGCUAUAACGGAUGUGCAUCACACUUCUCGUCGGCUUAAUAGGGCUCCUGAUGGUUUGUGGCCUUCGAUGCGGAGUCUUUCUUCUUCUUUCCAGUCGGAUUCCAUAUCAAGUCCUGUUAGUAAGAGGGAAAGGGAAAAGGUUACUAAUAAUUCCUCCUCAGAUCAGAGAAAGUCGGUGGACAAUGUGGGAGCUGAGAGGAAGAGGACGCCGUUGAGAGGAAGGAACAGUUCUGAUCAAUCUGAGAAUUCCCGUCCUUUAGAAAAUUCACAUGCCAGGGUGAUCGAUCAGCACCGAUGGCCUGCCAUGUUGGGUGGCAAGGUGUCCGGAAAUAUCAUGUUGAGGAGUGUGGAUCUUGGCGAUAAGGUUAACAGAUCUGUCUCUUCGUCGGUUCCAUCACGAGGAGUCUCACCCAGAAGAAGGCCUGUACCUGAUGGUGUUACUGAUAAGGCUAAUAAAUCUCUUUCUUCAUCAAUUCCAUCACGAGGAGUUUCGCCAAGAAGAACAGCCACAUCUGAUGGUGUAGGUAAAGGGCCACAACUAAAGGAUCUUAAAAUUCCGUCACGAGGGGUUUCACCAGCUAGAAUGCCUCCGACUGAUGUAGGAAGUAAAGGGCUGCAACAGUCGUUGAGUGAGGUGGCGCGGCGACUAUCCAUUGAUGGAACUGGAAGAGCUGAGCAAAUGAUGAGCUCGAGUUUAAAUCUCUCAUCCCAAACCACAGAAAGGUCUACAUCUUUAACUCGCGCAAGUAAGUCUGUGUCCUCGCCAAUCCCAAGUGUGCAACGCCCUUCCUCACCAGGCAAGGCUUUGAGGGGCACACAAAGUCCGUCUAGGACAAGACCAUCAACACCGGUGUCACCGUCUAGUGCUGUAACUAGUCGAGCGGGUGCUGCUACGCCCUCUGUUCUUAGCUACAUUAUUGAUGUUAGAAAAGGAAAGAAGAAUGCAGACCACAUGGACGAUGCUCAUCAACUGCGACUGCUGCACAAUAGGGAUCUGCAGUGGCGUUUGGUAAAUGCUCGUGCAGAUGAAGCUCUUUUAAUCCAACAAAUGAGUACUGAGAGUGUUCUCUGUUCAGUUUGGAAAACUACCUCAAGGUUGCGAGAUUCUGUUGUCAUGAAAAGGAUUGACGUGGGAAACCUCAGGCAAAGGAUAAAGUUGGACACAAUUGUCAAAGAACAAAUAGCUUACCUUGAACGCUGGACGGCAUUGGAAGGAGAACAUUCUAAUUCGCUAUCAGGAGCAAUUGAAGCUCUCAAAGCAAGCACAGUGCGCCUUCCGGUUACAGGAGGGGCAAGGGCUGACGUGCUUUCCGUUAAGAAUGCUGUUGGUUCAGCUGUUGAUGUUAUGCAAGCGAUGAACUCCUCCAUUUCUUACUUGUUAUCAAAGGUCAAAUGUGCAGAAUCUCUGGUUUCAGAACUUUCUGUUUUCGCAGCAAAAGAAAAAACCAUGCUUGAUGAAUGUAGAGAACUUUUAACAACAGCAGCAGCAUUGCAGGUGCAGGAGUCGAGCCUAAGGACGCACCUCAUGCAACUGAAACAGGAAGCCCUAUAGAUGCCGUGGCGAACCGCAGCUGAUUACACAGUCACAGAUGAUUACGAUCCUCAAUGUGGCUAACCAACUUACAGCAAGUAUAGGUAACAGCUUUUAUUAGGCUCAGUGAGUGUAAAUGCUUUUCACUGUGGUGUGCAAUUUCAUUUUUUUUUUAUUUUUUCAACCCUUUUUUCCCCCCCACUAUUUUUCUUCUUUGGAAGGGCUGGUUCAUAUUCUUUCCUCAUGUAAUUUUUUUUAACCUACCCACAUGGAAAGAAAAAGUACAGCUAAAUGAAAGCCAAAGGUUUUACUGUAGUCAUGCAUAAGGAAGUGUCUGUCCUUUUGCUGUUGCUAAAAGCAUAAGAACUCUUGAUGUAGCUAGCUAAGAAAGAAACCCAGUAGUAAAAGAUGCAACUUCAUCUACUCCCAAGUUAAUCCAUAAAAUGAUGUGUUCCGAAUAUCUCAUCUUCGAUCA